AUGGCCGGCUUCUUCCCCUCCCCAACCGCCAAAUGGCACACGACCACCUACCCUACCCUAUCCCCAACUCGCCCUGAACUCUCCGCAAAGGGUAAAACCGUCGUGGUCACAGGGGGAGGCUCAGGUAUAGGAGCCGAAAUAGCGCGAUACUUUGCCAAGGCAGGCGCAUCUCGAAUCGCACUACUGGGCAGGCGCGAACAACCUUUACUCGACACCAAGGCUUCUAUCGAGCAGAUCAACGCCGAUGUUGAUGUCUUCGUUGUUUCAACGGACGUCACAAAAAAGGACCAGGUCGACACUGCAUUCGAGAAAUUCGUCGGCGGCGACAAACCCGGGAAAAUAGACAUCCUAAUCAGCAACGCAGCCGUAGUCGGCCCCUUGGAACCCAUCAGCAGCGUCGAAGGCGAAUCCUUCCUAGACGCCAUCCACACCAACCUUCAGGGAUCCCUAUACGUCGCACAAGCCUUUCUACGGUACGCCAUUGCCAACGAUGCAGUCGUCAUUGAUAUCAAUUCUUCUGCUGCUCAUAUGGAUUUUGGGGCUGCCCUGGUGUCCUACAGCGUUGCCAAAUUGGCCGUUUAUAGGCUUUGGGAUUCCCUGGGAUUCGAGUUUGAGAAGCAGAGGAUGAGGAUUUAUCAUAUUCAGCCGGGUGUGAUUGAUACAGAUAUGAAUAGGAGUGUGGGCGGGAUUGCUGCAAUGGGAUUUGAGGAUCAUAUCUCCCUACCGGCAAGUUUUAGCGUCUGGCUCGCAAGCCCCGAAGCCCGAUUUCUUAAUCGAAAGUAUCUAUGGGUUAAUUGGGACGUGGAUGAGCUCAAGGCUCGCGCCAAGGAGAUUGAGGAAGGCCAGGAAUUCAAUAUUCAGGUUGUCGGAUGGCCCUUUGGGGAGAAGAAAUGGUCAUCUGCGGUUAACUUUUCCUCGUCUUCUGAAGUUUAA